CAACGGCUGUUCCCUAACUGUCAGCUUCUGUUUGCCUGGUCAAACCGGAGCUUAUCAUUUCUGGGACUCACAGAGUUACGCUCUGGUUGAUAGACCGCCAGUGGUUAAAAGUUCAUAUUUCUUAUUUAGUGUUGAGUUGACAAAAAGGAGGCCACAGUGAUGUUCUCCACCCUGAGGAAGCUCUUCUGCUUUAAGAAAGAGCCAAAAACUCCCUUGGGGUUUUGUGAUGGCCCGAGCAGCGGAAAGGGGAGCUUGUCCUGUUGUGACUGUGGGACUGAGGAUAGGUACCAACCGCCUUAUGACCCAGACAAUAAAUUUCAUGAAGCUGUGUGUCAAGGAAGGAUCAAAACGGUGCUGAAGCUCCUUUCUAAGAAGUUUGACGUAAAUGACAAGGAUAAAAGGGGACGAACCGCACUCCACUUCGCCUGUUUUUAUGGUCAUCUGCAUCUGGUUUAUUUCCUUUUACAUAAUGAAUGCGACGUAAAUGAACUUGAUGAUCAAAAGUCCACACCACUAAUGAAGGCUGUACAAAGCUGGGAGACAAAAAUUGUUUCUGUCCUCCUUGAUAACGAAGCAAAUCCCAAUAUUAAAGAUUCCAAGGGAGAAACAGCAUUACAUCAUGCAGUAUAUGUAGACAGGCCUGAUAUUGUCACCAUUCUUCUUAAAUUUGGGGGAAACAUUGAAGAAACUACAAAGGAUGGAUUCACCCCUCUGCUGCUAGCACUCCGAGAAAGGAAACUCCUCAUGUCAGAACAUUUAAUAGCUCAUGGUGCAAAUGUUUAUGCAUGUGAUGCUUUUCUAAGAACAACGCUCAUGUAUGCAGUUAAAUGGGAUUCUGAAGAUAUUGUUGAGAUUUUACUGAAGAAAGAUGUUGAUUACUCCUUAAAGGAUAUCUUUGGAUGGAAUGCACUGCAGUAUGCCAUGGCAGGAAAGCGCAAAGUAAAGAGUAUAAUUUUGGAGUAUGAGGACUCACUAUUCUCAAGUCAACACAGUGUCUUCGUAGGAAAACAGCUCGGAGACAUCUCUCAAUCAGGACAUUACCUCAAGUCAGAGUCAUUGAUUUCUGUGUGUUCAAGGACUGGAGAAGCUAAUUUUGAAACUCAGUAUGGUAUUCCUGAGAAUAUUCCGGAAAAUGAUGCAGAUGACUUACCAAUAGCUUCCGAACAAUAUGAAAAUUUAGAAGCACAAGAAGAAGAACUAGAAUUAGAAACAAUACCGGAUUUAGAGCUGGAAAAUGAAAAUGUUUAUAGUAAGAAUGAAGGCUAUCAAAAAUUGGACGCUUCCAGAAAAGCUGCCCAUUCAUCCAACAUAGGGAAUGAUACAGAAAAAAAUGAAAUAAAUCAAGUGUGGGCUGAAAAAUGUCCACACCCAGAGCUUAGAGAUUAUUCUCAUCCAAUCUCCAAACCCAAGUCUGAACCACUGAAAUAUGAACCAGAUUUGUAUGAAGAACUAAAAGAAGAAAUACCAAAAUCUAAACUGAAAAAUGAGAGAAGUUUUGAUAAGAAUGCAGAAAAUCAAGAAUUUAGUGUGUCUGAUGCUAAUGGACAACAAGAAGCUUCCAUGGAAGCUCUGUGUUCAUCCAAUAUGAACGAUGAAGCAGAAGAAAAUGUAAUAAGGCAUCUAGAGAAAAAAACUGUCAUGGAAGACCAAAAGCAGACCUCAGGAGAAGAGCAGAAACAGCACAGUGGUGGAAAAACUAAGCGGUCAUUUGACAAGCCUGCCACAAUUGCCUGCCACCUUCUCUGACCAUCCAUCCACAACAGGACAGCCGAGGAGGAAAUCUGCUCUUCUCCACUAAUUGUUUCAAGAAAAACCAUGUGUUUAUUUUGUGUAUUAUUAUAUUAUGUUAUAUUAUAAAUUAUACUAUUCUAUUA